AUGUCCAGCAAAUCGCGGUGGGCCGACACGGAGGAAGACGCCCGCCUCGACGCCAAACUCAAGGAAGAAAAGAGACGAAAGAAGGCAGAAAAGGCACGAAAACUCGAAGAAGAGAAGAAAUCACAGGACGCAGCGAAGCAGAGCAACCUCGAAGCGGACGAUGAUAGACCCUCGAAGCGGCGGAGAAUUACACCCGAGCCAGGCGCAAAACAAGACGAGAAACUGCCCCCAGCCAAGCUGCUGCGAUUCCCGACUGGUAGCUGGGGCAAGUCCAGAAGCGUCGAGAAUUACGAAAAGUUGAACGAUAUCGAGGAGGGAACGUAUGGGUGGGUUGCGCGGGCGACGAAUAAAGCCACGGGCAAGGUCGUCGCAUUGAAGAGGUUAAAGCUGGAACCCCAGGAUCGCAACGGUCUACCGGUCACCGGUCUUCGUGAGAUACAAAUACUCAAGGAUUGCCAACACCGAAACAUUGUUGCCAUGGAAGAGGUAGUUGUGGGCGAUGAUGUAUCGCGGCCAGACAAUUCAUUAUUCUUGGUUCUCGAAUUCGUCGAACACGACCUCAAGUCCAUUCUAGAAGACAUGCCGGAGCCCUUCCUCUCCUCCGAAGUGAAGCGCCUUCUUCUUCAGCUCACAUCAGGUAUCGCCUACCUACACGACAACUGGAUUCUCCACCGCGAUCUCAAGACAUCCAACUUGCUUCUCAAUAACCGCGGCCAGCUGAAGAUUGCUGACUUUGGAAUGGCUCGUUACGUCGGAGACCCUCCACCCAAGCUUACCCAGCUUGUUGUCACCCUCUGGUAUCGCGCUCCUGAACUACUUCUAGGUGCGAAGACGUACGAUGCUGCGGUCGAUAUGUGGAGUGUAGGGUGCAUAUUUGGCGAGCUGCUCACUCGCGAACCUCUGCUCCAAGGCAAAAAUGAAGUUGAUCAAGUCUCGCGCAUCUUUGAGCUCUGUGGCGUUCCCACAGAAGAGACAUGGCCUGGUUUCAGACGUCUCCCCAACGCCCGCUCGUUACGCCUUCCUAAGACGCAGGUUGCCACGGGCUCUGUCGUUCGUGCUCGCUUCCCCAGCCUUACUAGCGCAGGCGCCGGUUUGCUGGGCGAUCUACUGUCACUCAACCCUGAGCGCAGGCCGUCAGCGCAAGAAAUGCUGCAAAACGAGUAUUUCCGACAGGACCCCAAGCCGAAGCCAGAGAGCAUGUUCCCGACCUUCCCUAGUAAGGCGAAUCAGGAGCGUCGUAGACGCGUAGAGCCUCAUGCGCCUGUGCGUGGUGGACAGGCUGCUUCUCUAGGCGACGCUGACCUGAGUGGCAUAUUCCAGGGGCGGGACAAGGAAGAGAAGGGAGCAGGAUUCCAACUGCGCAUGAUUUAA